GUAUGGAUAAAAUAAAGCGAAUUCAUUCCUUCUUCGCUGAUUCUAUCUCAAAAAUGACGUAUGAAGACAUCCAACAUAUUAUUGACAAUAUACCCUUUGAUUAUAGCAUUCAUAUAGAGACACAAUUUUGUGAACCAAGUUCACAAAGUGAUAAGAAAAAUUCUGACUUAUCACAUAUCACCAUUUCGGAUACGUUUACUGAAUCUCAAGUUCCCAAUGAAUCUGUUCCAAAAAAAUUUGAUACCAAGGUAGAGGUGAUACCACCUAUUUCUUAA